AUGAACGUCGAAAAAAGAGAAUCUUUGUGUUCAUCAUAUAGCUUUGCAAUGACAGCAAAAAAUAACUUGCUGUCAGAAUUUACCAUGGAAAAUGAAGUUAUAGAACAAAGAAUAAAGGCAACUCGAAAGAAGUUGGAUGACUGUCUGCAAGAGAACGCCAUUUACGAGCUGUUUUGUGAGCAAAUACAUGGCGAACCAUUGGAACUACCCAGUUCAGAUUGUUCAGUUCGACCGUCUUUGGGGCGAAUUCAUAAAUCUGUCAAGACUAAAGGUCGUUUCAUCACUUUGAACAUGGAACAAAAGUGUGUUGUGGCCAAGUAUGCAUUGGAAGAACGUACCAAAGAUUUGAACCUUCUCAGAAAGGAGCAUGAAUCCGUAGCUGAGCAGUAUGAGGUCCUGUUAAAAGCUCAGCUAGAAAGAAAAAUAGAAUGCGCCAAAACGCGUUCGUCAUUUGAUCUGCUUGUCGUGCAGCGAACAGAAUGUCUCCCAGGGAUGCCAUUGGAGCUUACUGGAAUGAACAAAUUCUGUCGUUUUCACAAGUUUUAUUUGAACCGCUUGGAUACGCAGUUGUCAAACAUGCGAAUUGAAAGUGUCAAUUCGAGGAACGAAAUUCGUCGAAUGAAAAAGUCCCUGAGGGAGCUUGAAGAACCCGGUCGGGUGAUUCACUCGGUCGAACAUGAACAGUUAAAAAUCCACUGUCGCAAUGCGUUGCGGGAAAUACAGCGUCUUGAAAUGAUGUGUGCUCAUGUCAAGGCAUGUGCAACUCGGAUUGGAUCACAACUUGCUUCUUUACGACUGCAACUGAAGCAAGAAAUGGCAAAAAAUGAGGAAUUAGAGGAAGAAACUGAUCGUAUAUUUCGCAUGGGUACGAAACUGAAUUUUCUGGUGAGCAAAAACGAGGAAGGGUUACAAGAUGAUAUGUUCGAUCACUAUCGGUUGAAAAAAUACCUGGUCACGUACAGAGUCCCAACCACCAGUCAAUACGCUCAUACUUUAGCCGAGAUGGCGUGGCUAACACGGGAACGACUGGUGAUGAAACGGAAAGAACGUAUCGCUGCCUUAACUCUACAGCGAUACAAGAAGCUGUGGCAUCAUAUACAGACUAGAUGAGCAAAACGUUGACCAAUACACUCGAUCGCAUAUGAAUUAACGAAGUUGACGAAUAUCUGCGAUCGAGUUCCAAAUACGAAUUAACGCCCGGUUUCUCUGUACGACUUCCGGGAUUUGAAUUCAACUCUCUUCAUUCGGUGGUGUAAGGCGGAAGGUUGUUUCAAGGCGAUAAGUUCAUUGACAGUGCUGAAUCAUCCCUCACUUUGGCCGGGAAAGUUGACCUCAGCCUAGCUGUGAAUUUGGAACACAACGAAUUGUUUUUAAGAACACAAAUCCCAUCGAACACGGAACCAACCCCAACUGUGUUGGACGGGUUGUAAUAAUUUUAAUUUUUGUCCCUAUUUGUUUUUAAUUGAGGGCGCGUGUACUCAAAAAUGUGUACACAUGGGAGCCUUUACUUGGC